UUCUGGCCUGGCCUGGAUAAAUGUCUUCUUAAUAAUAAUUGGUUGAAUUCCUAGCCCUAGUGCAAGUGCAUAGCCUGUUUUAGGUUUUAGUGUUUGUUUUUAGGUAAAAAUGGCUGCGGAUGGAGAUGAAUUAAUAACAGAUCAAGAAAAGGUUCGCAUAGUCUCAGAUUUUAUACUCCAUUCACCACCUGGAGAAUUCAAUGAAGUUUUUAAUGAUGUAAGAGCACUUCUCAACAAUGAUGUCCUAUUAAAAGAAGGAGCUUCAGGGGCAUUUUCUCAGUAUAACAAGGACCAACUGACACCUGUAAAAAUCGAAAAUAGUGUUCAUCAAGUCCUGAUAACAGAAUACAAUGACCUUGGAGGCUGUCGGUUCUUCGAUGCUCGCUCCAAACGGUCUUUCAAAUACGAUCAUCUGAGAAAGGACGCUGGCGACUAUGAGCCUUGGGAACCCGAGCCUGGCACAGAACCUUGGAGAUCUCCGUUGGAGGAAGAGUUAGACGAGUACACUAGCAAUCACUACAAAAAUGGCACCUCUAGCGUCUUUGCCAAGAGACAAGGUUCAGCCAUCGUGUUGACUGCUUGUAUAGAAGAUCACCAAUUCCAGCCCAAAAACUACUGGAAUGGGCGAUGGAGGUCCCAAUGGAUCGUCACAAUCAACAAUGGUUCCGCAGAGGUCAGAGGCAUUUUGAAGGUCCAAGUCCACUACUAUGAAGAUGGAAAUGUCCAACUUGUUAGUUCGAAAGACAUAAAAGAAGUCCUUGGAGUUUCUAGCGAAGAACAAACCGCUAAGGACCUAGUGAAGCUAAUAGAAGAGACGGAAAGCAGUUAUCAGAAAGCCAUUUCUGACAAUUACCAGACAAUGAGCGACACGACGUUCAAGGCCCUACGACGUCAGUUGCCCGUCACACGGACCAAGAUCGAUUGGAACAAAAUCGUCAGCUACAGCAUCGGCAAGGAGCUCAAGAGUCAGUGACCCCCAUAUUCGGUAACUUCUUCAGUUAAUCUCUUCAUCUUAUGUUAAUCUUGUUACGUUCAAUAAUCUUUUAUCUCGUUUAUCAUUUGGAGUGCGACGCUCAUUUAUAUUCCGCUUUGUUGGACUGCUUGUUAUCGUCUGGCGCUGAGUGUACGUUGUUAGACUUUAAAGUGUCUAGUGUUACUGGCUGGUGGAGGUUGUUGUUGAAAUUUAUUCUGUUAAUCGCCGUGGCUGAUGGACUCGCCUUUUCGGUCAUUUGGCAAUUAUUUAUUUAAUAUACGAUUCUAAAGGAUAGAACCGCUGUGUUCACUGGCAUCGUUCAACCGUGUCACCGUGUGAACUCGGAUCACUCUUCUUGCCUAUCUAGUUUUCUCUCAUCUUUUUUAAUUGUUUCAGAAUCUAAGAUUUUUGAAUUUUAACUAAUCGAGUGAACUUUAAAGAUGUAAUUAACUUUUAUUUUUAAUUUAUUAUUAAUUCGAGGUAUGCAGUCUUACUGAUUUUAAGAGAGGUUCUUGAUCGAUUGUUUCUGUAUUUUAUAUAUUUAAUUUUUUUUAUCCAGAGUUUAUUGAUGGAAAUAAUUGUUUGUGAAGCUGAAUUCUCGUUUUGGUCUUUGCUGCUCAAGCAACUACUGUGCAUUUAAUUACUGUAAAUGUACAAUAUAUAAUAACAAUCAUCAGUUUGUAAUUGUAGUUUAGGUCCUAAUGUUGAUUUAGAACAGUACAAGUAGACUUCUGAUCCUUUUAUAAAAUCUGGAGCUUGGUUUUAUGUUUCAUGGUUGGGAUGUUGAGGGCUAGUAUCGACAAAAUGUCUUUUCUCUUAUUUGUGCUUUAUUGUUUGAUUAUAAAACCAGCAAAGGAUCUUUUGUUUAUAAUUAGAUUGUUUCAUUUGGUCAAACUAGUGUUGAAAUGAGUGAAAUAACAAGAAUCAAACAGUAAACAAAAACACAUCCUCUACAGGAACCUGACGGAACAUAAUAAUUGUAUUCAGCUGACCCAUAAGAAUAAUGAAUUUGUAAAGGAAUAUGUUUAAUCCAUGGUACCAAUUACGAAGUGUAACAUGUACUUACAUUAUUUUACUUGAGCAGCAAUUUCCAAAGACUGAAUCAAUUUAAUUAAUCCUGGUGAUUACAACGGAUUAUAUUAUUUGCUUUCAAUUGCAUUAUUUAUAUUAUACAUUUAUAUGUUAGUUUUAAUAGUAUAUUUAUUAAUCAGCUUUUUACUGUCUCAGAUCAUAUAAAUAUUUAUUUUUUAAUCAUCCAUGAUUUAAAAUCAUCAGAGUGAUGUAAUAUACAUGUAUUUUAAGUUAUAGUUUCUAAAACUUGAUUUUAACAUUGUCGUUCAGCAUGCGGAACCAUGUUCCUACAGUUAAAGUCAUACUUGCAUUUAUGUACUGUUGAUGAUUUUGGGUGUCAUAUAGCGUAACAAUAAAUGACAUAUAUUAUUUUAAAUACUGCUCUGUUAGUAACUCAAUUUAUGAUUUAUUGAAAUAGUAUAUUGAAUACAAUCAAUUAUUAAAGAAAUUUUGUUUAAAUA